AACGUCAGAUCUUCGCCGCUCCACCGAGUCACGCACAGGCACGCAGGGCAAGGUCGUUUAGCACACAAGCCCAAGAUGAUGUCCCUAGCUGCCCGAUCGGGGGUCUUUUCUCCGUACAUGCAGGCCACCGCUUACACCGUGGCCGGCCCGCUUAAACCACUGGUCCUGGGGGUCGUGGUAAAGAACGAAAAGUUCUUAUUGGACCCGAAAAAGCCGUUCCUCUGCCGCGAGUCAUUGAGCGGCCAGUGCCCAAAGACAGGGCCCGCCAUCACAGUAAGCAUAAACGGCUGUGCAGGAGUCCGAUUCGCCCACACAGACCUGCGUAUCCCAGACUUCUCCGACUACAGACGGCCCGAGGUGCAGGACCCAUACAAGUCCUCCCAGGAGAGCAGUGAGUCCCGGCGCACGUUUUCCUAUGUCCUCACUGGGGCAACCACGGUGGUUGGUCUGUAUGCUGCGAAAACUGUGGUCACCCAAUUCGUGUCCUCCAUGAGUGCCUCUGCUGACGUCCUGGCUCUGUCCAAGAUUGAAAUCAAGCUCGGCGACAUCCCUGAAGGCAAGAACAUGACCUUUAAAUGGAGGGGCAAGCCGCUGUUUGUUCGUCAUCGCACGGAGAAGGAGAUCGCCGCCGAAGCUGCCGUCAACCUGGCAGAGCUCCGUGACCCAGAGCACGACAAGGACCGCGCUGCCAACCCCAAAUGGGUGAUCGUGCUUGGGGUGUGCACACAUCUGGGUUGCGUGCCCAUAGCCAACGCAGGUGACUUUGGUGGCUACUACUGCCCCUGUCAUGGCUCGCACUACGAUGCUUCAGGGCGCAUCAGGAAAGGUCCCGCCCCCCUCAAUCUGGAGGUGCCAUACUACGAGUUCCCAGAUGAUGACACUGUGAUUGUCGGAUAAAGUAAAGUCAUUAGAUCAUAGAACUGUUAAGAUCUUUGCUUUGUGUUUCCAGUUGGACAGACAUGGUCAUGUCUGCUUUUAAUGUGUUCAGCCAGCCUGGAAGAGCAAGUUAAUUUUACGCAACAAAAAGGUGGACAUUACAUGUUGAAAAUGGUGAGCAAGUAAUAUUGUAAAGAGCAACGUUGACCGACCAUGUACCCUCUUCUGUAAAGUUGCAGCUAGAUGACAUCUUAUUUCUAGCUUGGUAAUGUAAGAAAGACAAUUAAGUUAUAUUCAAUGUAAACCUAUUACCUGAACAAAUGAAAUGUUCAAGGUUAAAGAAUAAAGAUGUCUAUUUUCA